AUGCCUCCUCCUCCUCCUCCACCUCCGCCGCCACCGCCCCCUGGUGGAGGUGCGCCUCCCCCUCCCCCUCCAGCAGGAAAUUUACCCUCGAGACCACCAGGUGGUGGAAAAGAUAGGGGCGCCCUACUCUCAGAUAUCUCAAAAGGCACGAAACUGAAAAAGGCCGUUACAAAUGAUAGGUCAGCACCACAGGUAGGCGGAGGCGUCAAAUCAUCUGGUGGUGGUCCUCCGCUCGGCUCCGCGCCUCCUGUUCCUGGAAUGUCGAAGCCCCCCAGUGGGCUUGCUCCUCCAGUUCCCCCUGGGCAGGGCGCAAAUCGGUUACGGAGUAACAGUGACACGGGACCUGGAAGUGAUAGCGGUCCUACUGCUGCCCCGGCGGCCCCCCAAUUGGCCGGACUUUUUGCCGGAGGCAUGCCCAAGCUUCGCAGUCGAGGAGGUGUAGAUACUGGCGCCAACAAAGAAGCUUCCCCAUACCUAUCAGAUUCGGAAACUUCGCGGCCGCCCAAGCCGCCUGUCGGAUCAGCCCCAAAGAUCCCCGCAAAUCGACCUCCACCUCCACCUUCUACAGAAGCACCCCCAGCUCCGCCUGUCAAUCCGUUGGUUGCGAACCUCAAGAAACCUCCUCCACGACCAGCCUCAAGGCCAUCUUCAGUUAUAUCGAAUAUCUCGGCAAAAUCACCGCCGCCAUUACCAGGUUCAUCGAAACCGCCAGUAUCGUUGCGGAAGCCUUCAGCCCCUGCUCCUCCUCCCCCUCCUUCCGCCAGUCCAUCCGCACCCCCUCCCCCACCUCCUGCAGCGGCCGCACCUCGUCCACCUCCACCUCCGCCAGCACCAGCUCGGUCCACUCCACCACCCCCUCCAUCAGCCCCUGCUCCGCCGCCAGUUCCCCCGAACGGCCCCCCCUCGGCAUCAUUGGCGGUUCAAGCUGCGCGGAAUGCCCUUGGCCAUAGCCAUCAAACUCCGUCAGCUCCCCCACCGCCUCCACCAGUAUCAGCUCCGUCAGCGCCACCUCCCCCUCCUCCGCCUUCUGCACCUCCCACUGCACCCCCGUCUAUUCCUCCUUCCGCACCGCCAAGCGAGCCAGCAUCGCGGCCGUACUCAUACGAAUCUAGCAACAUACCAGACCGUUCCAGUCUGGCAGCCAGUGCCUACACGCUCUCCAACGGCGGUCCGUCGCCAGGGUCAAGCGCUACAAGCCUAGGUCCGCACGGGAUGACCCGGGUUGAAGAUAACCGGUUUAAAUUCCAAAAUGAGGGACUUCUGCCCAAGCCACGUCCAUUUGUCGGGGGAAUGAAGCGUUACCGCGCCGGAAGAGGAAGUAGUGUACCGUUAGAUCUCAGCGCAUUAGGUGGCUAG